AUGACUAGAAAGAAAGUGAAGCUUGCUUUCAUAACCAAUGACUCAGCAAGGAAAGCAACUUACAAGAAAAGGAAGAAAGGUUUGAUGAAGAAGGUGAAUGAGUUGAGUACCUUAUGUGGCAUCGAUGCAUGUGCUAUCAUAUAUAGCCCAUAUGAACAUCAACCCGAGAUAUGGCCCAACAAUAUCAGUAUCCAACAUGUUCUUGCUCAGUUUAAGAGGAUACCAGAGAUGGAGAGAAGCAAGAACAUGAUGACUCAGGAGAGCUUCAUCAGGAAACAGAUCACCAAAUCCAAUCAGCAGCUCAAGAAGCAGAUGAAGGAGAACCGAGAGAAAGAGAUGACUGAGGUCAUGUAUCAAUGUUUGACUGGAAAAGGUUCAAUAGAAAACUUGACCAUGCCAGAUUUGAAUGACCUGGGUGCGUUAGUUGACCAAACCCUCAAAGACAUUUGCAGGAGGAUUGAGUCUCUCAAAGUAGCCAUUCCCGGUAAAGCUGUAGCUGCACCACCAUCACUACCAUCACCACCACCACCACAGGCCACUGGUGGUGGUAGCAGUUCAAAUGCUACUAAUGAAAUGAAGAAAAAAGGAGUUGUGAUGCAUGCACUGGAUAAACAAGCUAUGGUGGUGGAUAAGAUGAGUGGUAUAGAUGGGAUGCAAAGGGGGACUCAAACUCAAUGGUUCACAGAUUGGAUCAAUAAUUCAUCUGAACAUAACUUGAGUCUUGCUCCUGGGUUUGAGAUGACUCAGUUUGUUAGUAACCCAAAUCCCAUAUGGCCAAGUCCAUUUUUUCCAUGA